CUACCUCGACCUGCCUCUGCGUUUGGUCGUGUUGUCGAUUUAUCUAAGUAUUUUCAUCCGUCUGUUAAUUCGUGUGUUUCCUUAGAAUACGACUUAAAGCUUUUGGAUUACUGUUUAAACCGGACAAAACGCUUUAGUGUGAACCUGGACACGUGAGUGAAAUUGAUACAGUGAUGUAUCGGUGUCAGUGAAGUGGGGCUGAUCGCGCUACGUCGUCGUCGUGCCUGAGUUGGCGUCGUCGUCCCUCCGAUUCUCGCGAGGUUAAGGCAUAGUUUUCACUCUGCACACCACAUUUGGGAAUAUCAUCAAAGUACCUGCUUGAAUCUGGGUGUGAACCCAGAUACGUUCGGUGUGUGUAGUUUUUUGUAAUAAAUACUCUUCAAAAAACUUAUUAGUUAAGUGGAUUCCUAGAAUUUAAGUGCAAGUGUGUACUACGGAUUUGGAUUACGUAUACUUAGUGCAUCAAGUGCAAGUUUCUACUACUAUUUCCAACUAAGAAACAAGUGAUUUGUGUGAUUUUUGGAUUGUUUUAUAUUUGGAUUUCCAGCAGCCCAAUGGACUUCGCGGCAACACAAAACCCGGAGCCAUGAAGGUCAAUGAGAGCUGUCAUUCGCACCAAGCAGGAUAGCCGAGUCAAACGUGCUAACAAGACGGAGCGCGUAGCAUGGAUGUGAGUUUAGUCAACAAUGUACUGGAAGGGACGCGACAGUACUUUAUGGGAGUACCGAGACAGGUGCAGGCGGAGAGCUCUGGACAGCCAGUGUGGUCAGCAAGCACACCCCAGCCUGAAGAAGGUGCACCCGCGCCCUCAUCGCGCCCCCCCUCUGCUGCCGCUGCCCCGCCAUCAGCUCCAUCCACAAUGUCCGCCGCGGUCCCGCCCCGGCCUCCGUCGGAACCAAUCGAACCCGAGCCGCAUAUCAUUCACAAAGCGACAGUAAUGCGCGAGGCUGCUGAAAAACGGCGCGAGAUGCCUGAAGAGGAAGACGACGAGGAACCUAAUUGUGCGCUUUCGCCACCCUCGCAUAUUAUUCGUAAACCUCAGAGACCACUACCGUCUCCAGCACCGGCGCCGGCCGCCAACUGUCCGUCACCAUCUCGGCCGCCUUCUGCAGCGCUACCUCCGCCAGCUCCUCCUCAAGAACCCCAGACAGAGUCGUCCAGUCAGUUCCGACCAGCGGUUCAUCGCGUGCCUACUCCUACGACGAGACCUCCAGAUCAAUUUGCCCCUGGACGCCCACCAGAUCCUUAUACGUCGUCUAGGCCUCCAGAACAGUAUCCACGUUAUCAUUAUGAAACAAAUGAUGGUGGUAGAAAUUCACAAGGACCUCCGGUGCCUUCACCUCAGCCGUCAACCACUGCACGGCAAAGUCCACAAACGUAUGCGAGGAUAUCUAGUUCGAUGCCACAUCACACCGCCUCUCGAUUGCGGGAAUCUGCUACUCAGAGCCCGCCUGCGCAGCGCUAUAUAAUGCCUACUGUACAGCCACCUCCUCCGCAUAACGAUCGAGUUCCACCCAUUCACCACCCUCAAACAGUGCAUCCACCGCCUCCACAAAGGCAUGAUGUUCGAUCGGCAGCAGUUUAUUCUCCUUUGCAACAACAACGACGGGAACCAUCGCCUUACGGUAGAACUUCUGCUCAUUAUGAAAUGCAUCCGGCAGUUCCUUCUCGGAAAUAUGAUCAACAGCAACCAUAUCCUGGUUAUCGACCAGCUCCGACGGCACUUCAAUCUAUACACACUCAUCGCAUUGAAACGCAUCACCCAGUACAAUAUAAACCAGCUGUAAUGGAACCAAUGAGUCCACAUUAUGCAGCGAGGCCAUCUGAGCGAACCGCAAUACCCUCACAACCACACCAUGAUGCCGCACGUCUACCAAAUCGCGUCGAAUACCAACCUAACAGUAGAAAUGUCGAUGCCAGAGGAGCUUAUCCUUAUCCCACGCCUUCCACAUCGACAGCUCGAUAUACACCAAGUACGCCCGUCCCCGUUUUGCAAAACGCUACAAUGCCGUCAAGAAGUGGAUACCGUCCAGCAGCAGCGCCUAAAAAUAAUUAUGAAUAUCCAACGUCGACCCCCGUCCAAACAUCACCAGCUCGCUCAACAGUCAAACCUGGUUAUCCUAAUCAGCAGGCUCGUCUGACUGUUUCUGUGACGUCAUUAGUUAAUCAAAUGAAUCAAACUAAACAUAAAGCGCCACAUCCUACAUCAGCACUAACAAGUCAACCAAUAAAUCAGAUAAAACAAAAACGUGAGUCACCUCUAGAUCUGUCUGUCAAGACUGUGAAAAAUUCGGCAGAUUCUUCAACUACACAAGAUGAUAUUGUUGAUUCUGCGUCGACAGAAAUUAAAACUUUAUUAUUACAACCCCGGCCAUCUUCAAGUACAAGGCCAAAUACACAAAAUUCUAAUUACGUGGCGUCUCAUAAAGUAGAUUUUGCUCCUAACUUUAACCAGUAUCGAGAUAGAAAUGUUAGCCACAAUUAUAGUGCUCAGGUUCCUGUUCAAGGUAAUCAUCAUGGUCAUCAUGCGCCUGUGCGAUACAAUGGUUCUUAUGAAGCAAGACGGCCAUUAUCUGAAUCAUAUCCUGCAGAAUCUCCAAACCCAAUAUAUAUAGAUCAAAACAAAUACAGUGUCCCUAGAGCUAGAAAUGAACAUGUUACUAGAAUAGAUCUAACAAGACCUAUUAGUAACCAACGUCGUGCUGAAAAUAGGAUACGAGACGAUAGAAACUUCAUAAUAGAAGAAAGAAAGCGUCCUACAGGACCUAUUGUGAGUAACAUUCCUGAAAAGAUAGUCCGCUAUGAAACCUGGACAUCAGAUAGCCGGUUAGACCGCAUCAGCCAGUCAACGAAAGAACAACAAGAGUUAAUGAGCCGGCCAGUGUAUAGUUAUAGUAGUCAUAAACAAUUUGAGGCUUACCAGAAUGAACAAAAGAGGCCUGUACCUUCUAACGUAUACCGGGAACAUUAUCCUCAUGCCAGUCAUAGAUAUCCUAGUAACUCAUAUACUCCUGAAGCACCACGCCAAGAACCAAGUGAGCAUGUACAUCACUCUCAUUACUAUGACAAAAAUCAUUCUAAUAACAGCCGACAUCAUGUUAUACAAAAGCUUCCGAGCCAUCGAGAUGUACAUCCACAUCACUUAGAAAUGCACAAUGGUAUACCUGCUGAUAAAAAUGUAUUGAGUAUACUAAGAAAUAGCUUGGAAACAAAACAAUCGGGAUUUGUAGAGCCCACUAAACCAGCAAGACACAUACCAGAUCUUAUUGUUAUAGAUGAUGCUGAUGAUGAUGAAAUAACUGAUCUAACAGCAGAAAAUGAUACUGAAAUUACUGCCAAAGGUAUUCCUAAACAGAUACACAGUCAACGUAAUCACAUUUCUACAUUAGAUAGCCAUAUUCAAAUGCCUCGAGCCGUGGAUUCUUUACAACGAGAUUCAGAUUAUCACAGACUUGACACUUCUGAUCCAAAGAGCAAAUCUCCUGAAUAUGAUGUGGCAUCAAGAAUACGAACUAAAGCCGAAUUGAAAGUAAUGCCUCCGUCACAAGACUCUAACGCGAAAUCUGAUACAAGUCAUACUGAGUCAACACAGCAUAAGAUACUACCAAAAUCUCAAAAACAACACCUAUUUAAUCAAAUAAGAGAAGAUAACCUUCGUCUCGAAUCGGUUAUAAAACGUGAGAAUACAUCUGAAGCUAUCAUUCCUGAAAUUAAGACGGAGCCAAUGAACAUUGAUGAAAUUGAAAAAGAUGCCGAAAUACCCAUAAAAACUGAGAAAAUACUCGAACCAAUAGAACCAGAAAUGGAUACUGGUGUGUUUGAUGAUGACUUAGAUUGGGCAAAUGCUUGUGAUAGUUUUGUUGAACAACUAAAGACUGGAUGUCACAAGAAAAAGACUCAUAGAAAACGUAUGGAUACAAUCGAACGUGAUGACAAUAAAACUGAAACAGCACCUCCGACGAAAGUGCAAGUUGAACUCACUGAGGUGAAAGAUGGUGAUAAAUCUCAAAUAGAAGGACCGAUUGAAGAACUGACAGUGGAAAAAGUCACAGUUGCAAUCGUCUUCAAAAAUGAUAGUAUCGAAACUCUUGAACCAGAUCCAACUUUAGUAAUAAAACAAGAACCGUUAGAUGAAAAUGAAAUAGAAGCUAUUGAACAAACAUCAAAAACGUUAAAAGGAAAUAAAAUUGCUAUCAAAGAUAAGGAAGAAAUUAAAAAUGAAAAGGGUAAACAAGAGAAGAAAUCUCAUAAAGAGAAUGAGAAAAGUUCCAAAGUUAAAUCAAAAACCAAAAAGUCAGAUAAAAGUGAAUCGGUUUCCACUCCAGUCUUAUCCAUUAAAAAAGAAAAAGAACCAAUCAAAACAGUAAUAAAAGAAGAAUUGGAAUCGACUGAUGAUGACGAACCUCUAAUUAAAAGUAAAUUACUGAAAGAAAAAGAACGAAAGUUAAAAGAAAAAGAACAAAAGAGUAAAGAAAAGGAACAGUUAAAUAUUAAAGAAAAAGAACAGAAGAAUAAAGAAAGAGAACUGAAAGGUAAAGAAAAGGAGCAGAAAAGUAAAGAAAAGGAUUUGAAAGUUAAAGAAAAAGAACAGAAAUUAAAAGAAAAAGAACUUAACUAUAAACUUUUAAAAGAUUUGUCGGAGAAAUCAGCUUAUGUUAAGUUAGAAUGUUGUGAUGUAGAUGUUAAUAAAAAUAACAGAAAAUCUAUCGAGUCAACUACAAAGGAUAAAGAAGAAAAACCGAGUAAAGGAAAAUUGGGUAAACAAAGUUCUCGUAUAAAAGGAAAAUCGUUAUCCAUCGAAAAGACAGAUAAACAUAACGAAGAUUCAAGUUCCGAUAGUGAUGAUGAUCUCAGUGUAGCAACUCGUCUCCGGGUUCGAAAAUCAGUCAAAUCGGAAGAAAAUAAAGAAAAACCUGCAAGUAAAACACCUGUUAAGGCAUCACCUACGAAAAAGCAAGACACAAGUAGUAAUAGUAAUAAUACCACGCCAGUUCGUAAACCUGGUUUUGGUGAUGGUUCCGAUUUUCAUCCGGGUUGGGAAGAAGAAUUGUACAGAUACAAACGCUCUCUGCGUAUGCCUACUAGACUUAUUGCCAUUCCAAGAGGCCGUUCCGGUGGGCCAUUUGUUAGAGGACCAGCCGCAAUGUUCUCACGAGGUACAACAUCUUUACCAGAUCUUGACCCUGCACCACUUUCACCCGCGCCAUCUUCUGCUCCAUCAGCGGCUACCGACGAUUUAUAUUCUCGACGUCCUGACAAAACUGCUAUUGAUAGUGAUCUCGACUCAAAUUCUAGCUGUUCUGUUCCUAAUAGGUUGCAUUAUGAUUCGGAAGCUUCCACUUCAACAGUAUUUUCUUCGUCGCUUGUCAAGAAAAAGAGUAGUUCAAUUGUUGAUGUUCUUAUACAAAAAUGUGGUAGAAGAGACGAAUCUAAAAAGAAAUCCAAAGAUAAAGAAAAGGAUGAAAGAUCUCUAAAAGUAAUACCUAAAAGUUCUAAUGCAACGGAACUAUUGCCUACGCCGAGUUUAGGUCUUGUGAAAAAUGGAAACAAAGGAAGUUUAAGUACAAAAAAGGAAAAACUUAUGGAAGAUAUAUACUAUUUAGGUGCUUUCAGAAAAGAAACAGUUGCAGCGUUUAGGAAUGCUUUCAUAAAAAAUACUGAUGGUUUAAUAGGCGCAACUGAGGAGUUUGCUCCAGUCGUUUUGAAAUCAAGAACAAGGACAGAAAGUAGAGUGCUGAAGCAAAGGGCAACAAUUAAAGAAGUUUUUGGAGACGAAAGGCCUGCGUCGGCACCACCUACGUCAUGCAGAGAAAAUGAUACCCCAGAUGCAGAAGAACUGCCAAUAUUAGAAAAAAUUGAAAUCAAAAAGGAACCUGAAGAGUCAGUCUCAAAACCAAAAUUUAAAUCAAGAAAAAUUAUGAAAGAUAAAUUGAAGCGAAGGUCGAGUUCCAUUAGAGAUGGACUCAGAAGUACCAAGUCAUUAAAAAGAAACGACGCCAAGGGUCGGUUACUUCGGCUCAAAAAAAGAAAUAGUCUAAUGAAAUCACUACCUAGUAAACGAAUGAAAGAAAUCUCACUGAAUAAACACAAAAAGGAAAACGGCCCUUCUAACGAUGAUAAAGACAAAGAAAAAGAAGAUAUUCCUCCAGAAAAUUCCGAAGGGAAUAAUAAAAGACGUUUAAAGCGUUUAUUUGGAAGAAGGAAAUUUAGUUCUGGAUUUGAUUACAUACGAAAAAAGAAAAAGAUAAUUCGGAGAGAGGAAAACAAUGCUAAUAAAAUUCGUCGCCCAGCACCUAAACCUAGUCCUGAAUCGGAACAUGAUAUUCAAAAAGAAAUAAAGAGUUGGUUUAUAAAUAAGAGCAUUGGCGAAACACAUCUCCAUCGCGCUGCCAGGCUUGGUUACACCGAUUGCGUCGCUUAUUGUUUGGAAAAGAUGGAAGCAGAUCCUUCAGCGAAGGACAACGCAGGGUUUACGCCAUUGCACGUGGCCGCUGCUAGGGGUCACGUUAGGAUUGCCAGACUGCUGCUUCAGUACGGCGCCAACGUGUCGGCGGCUGCUCAGGGUGGUAUAAGGCCUUUACAUGAAGCCUGCGAGAACUGCCACAUGGAAGUAAUCAGGCUUCUCCUAGCAUAUGGGGCAGACCCAACGCUGGGCACUUACUCGGGGCAGACUCCUGAAGAGUUAGCUGAAGGUCCGGCCGCGUUGCUGGUCCGACUGCACAUUGCUGACGUCCAGGGACAAGCCAUCGAGCCGUGGAGGUUUCCGCAUCCUGCCGAAAUUAUUGACUAUGAAGAAAUAGGCUGUGACUCGCUGUCUUCGCCGCCGCCGGGGUCGCCGCCGCCGCCCCCGGACUCCAUGAUCGAGAUCCAGUGCACAGAGGCUCCGCUGCCGCCCUUCUACAGCCUGAGGAGUGCGCCCGGGCAGCCGGCCGACGGCCUCUGGUGCUUGCUACAAGACGUCACCAAUUUAUUACAGAUAAAAUCAAAAGACAGCUUAUUGAAGCAAAUUCACUGCGGAUCUGGUUCGCCCAAGGAAUUGCUGCGCGAGAUUCGAACCCAGGAGUUUUUGGAGCGAGCACAAUGUCAUCAACUGCUGUGUGCCGGGGAGAAGGUCAACGUCCGCGCGUCCAAAGUGGCUCUCGUUAGGGUCACCGACAAACUGCGCCAACUGCUCAAAAUCGAGACUGUUCUCGUUAGCUGACACUAAAAUCUAGCUGGCCAUGGAUCAAUAUUAACAUUAAUAUUAGACCAGUUUAAGUGCUUUUUUUUAGAUGGUGAAUGAGGCACUUUGAAUUAUAGCGAGUUAAAAAAUAUUCGCAUUUGGUCUCACACCUAGGCAUAGAACACAUAACGGAUUUUUAAUUUAAAGAACAAAAUGUUUACUCAUAAUUUAACCAAAUCUGUUAGAAUUAUGGUUUGAAACACUUGCAAUUCUAAGGAAACAAUCGAAAUGGCUCAACGACGAGAUCUUUAUACAUAUUCAGACUGAUUAUAAUGUAAUAAACAUCUCAUUUUAAGAACAAUGUGUAGGAAAUAUUCAUUUGGAGACUGUUUUAGAUAAGGCAGCCAUUACAUUAAUCAAUUUCUUUACUCAAAUGUGAGGCGUGAGUUGUGUAUUCGAGUCUUCAUACCUAUACAAGGUAUCUCGUGUAAAUGCUUGUAAAUAUUGUAAAUAAAUAAUGGUUAGUUCAAUGUUGCGUACAUGUCGCUUUAAUUGUAUAAUAUUCUCAUGGGUGCUAUUUAACGUUGGUGUACGGUAUAUGUAUGUAGGUAAAUAAUAAGUGAUCGAAAUUGCGAUGAGUUCGACCUAAUAUUAGUAGGAUUAAAAAUAAAAACGAGUUAUAGUUACCACAGUAAUACUUUAAGUCAUUAGCAUAAUCUUAAACUGUGUGCAAUAGUAUACGUGCGUGUAAAUUGAACGUUUCUUGGUGAAUUUAUACGAAAGUGGGAAGUUAUAUCAGUCACAGGGUUGGAAGGAGCCUUAGCACGCUCGCGCGUUCGAGUAGCAGCGUCGUCGUGUCGUGUGCAACUAGCAUAAAAUGUAUGUCCCUGUAGAUUUAGCACCACUGGAUUAUCCAGAAGUCCUAUAUAUACCUAACUUAAUCGUUACAUCACCAACAACUUUACCUACUCCUAUAAAAGUAAUAAUUUUACAAACCGUAUUUUACAAAUUUUUAUUUCAAUUGUUUUGAGAUUAUGCUAUUAUUUUUUUGCAAAUUUUUGUUCAUUGUUAUGUUUGCUAAUAUUGUCUGCCUGAAUUAUGUUAUAAUUAUUGUACAAUUAAUUAUUAUCAAUCACUUAUCUUGUAAAAAAAGUUGUUUUAUUAUUUAUGCAAACCUAUAAGAAAUUAGGAAAAUUUAUUAAAUCAUAUACACAUGCAUAUCGCAAUUUUUAUUAACAAUGUAAUGUAAAUAAAAUAAACUGUAAACAAAUUAUUUUAAAUUAUUUUGAAGAUUUAUCUUGUAUGGUGUAAUACCAUUACAACAACGAAAGUAAAAUGAACUCUGAAUGUAAAAAAGUUUGAUAACAAAAUAGGUACGAUACAUAAUUUUAUAUGUAUUUUGAACAUCUAAACGUAGCCAUUUUAUAUUCUGUACUCAUGUUCCGCCCUAUUUUUUUCUGUAAGUAAAGAAGAAAUGAAGUAAGUACACGAUUAAUCUGUGAUGAAGUAAUAUUAGGAGGAUAUUCUUGGAAAAUGGUUAAAAUGUAAUGAAUUUGGAUUAAACGAAACUGAUGGUUUAUGCAGCGUGUAUGCUUUUCGUUAAAGAGAAACACGAGUUAAUUACCUAUUUGUUAUUAGCAGUACCUACAGUUUAAGUAUUAUUAUAAUUAUUGACACAUAUUUCUUGUUGAUAACAAUGGAAAUAAAAAAUGUGAACAAUUA